GUAUAUAAAAAAAAAAAACUUGUUUCUGAUUCGUUUUGGCUCAAUCAAAAUUUCGCACUAGUGUCUUCCUCAGUGUGCGUUUCCGAAAGUUGAUAAUUUUCGAGAAACCAAGAGAAAAUCUCGUGACCCUGUUCUCUCGGGAGCGCACACAAUCUCUCUUCUUCUUCUUCUUCUUCUUCUUCCUCCUCCAAUCGAUGUAAUGACACAAAAAACACACAUCUUUUCCUUGUUUUCGUAGGACCUAGUAGAUAGCGAGUUUUGCCCCCAAAACAGCGAUCGAGGGAAUUUAUGAGCACGAGAUCUCGAUUCCCAAUACACUAGGGUUUGGAAUUGAGGCACAAUGCAAAUGAAUCCUAUUUGGAGGCUGGCUCUUGGGUUAUUACUUCUUGGCUCAGUUAUUGGCUCUUUUGCGGAACUUGACUUUGGUCAUUGCGAAAGACUUGUGAAAAGGUGGGCUGAUUCUUCUUCUUCUCGUGAAGAACAUGUCAACAAAGACAAACGCUCGCUUCAGGAUUUGCUCUUCUUUCUCCAUGUUCCCCGAACUGGAGGCAGGACAUAUUUUCAUUGUUUCUUGAGGAAGUUGUAUGAUAGCUCUGAGGAAUGUCCUCGAUCUUAUGACAAGCUCCACUUCAAUCCAAGGAAGGAAAAGUGCAAGUUGUUGGCCACACAUGAUGAUUAUAGUUUGAUGGCAAAGCUUCCGAGGGAGAGAACUUCGGUGAUGACAAUAGUUCGGGAUCCUAUUGCGCGUGUGUUAAGCACUUAUGAAUUUUCAGUAGAGGUAGCAGCUAGGUUUCUGGUGCAUCCCAAUUUAACUUCUGCGUCAAGGAUGUCUAGCCGCAUACGCAAGAGUAAUGUAAUAAGCACGCUAGACAUAUGGCCAUGGAAAUACCUAGUUCCAUGGAUGAGAGAAGACCUGUUUGCUCGGCGAGAUGCACGGAAAGUUAAGGGCGUAGUUAUCAUUGAGGAUGAUAACCCAUAUGACAUGGAGGAGAUGCUUAUGCCUUUGCACAAAUAUCUUGAUGCGCCUACUGCUCAUGACAUAAUCCACAAUGGAGCGACAUUUCAGAUUGCAGGAUUGACAAAUAACUCCCAUUUAUCAGAAGCACAUGAGGUUCGGCAUUGUGUGCAGAAGUUCAAAAGCCUUGGUGAGCCUGUUCUCCAAGUUGCCAAGAGGAGGCUGGACAACAUGUUGUAUGUUGGACUGACAGAGGAGCACAGGGAAUCUGCAUCACUUUUUGCCAAUGUAGUGGGUUCUCAAGUGCUGUCUCAAGUGGUUCCGUCCAAUGCAACUGCGAAAACCAAAACCCUUAGAUCAGAAGCAAGUGUCACAAUUUCAGAAUCGGGGUCAGAUAAGAGUAAUAUUCAGAAUGGUACAUCUGAAGUUGCAUUGAAUAACACAGAAACUAAGAGUGGAAAUAUGACGGUAAAAACCCUUAUGGAAGUCUAUGAAGGCUGCAUCACUCAUUUACGGAAGUCCCAAGGAACCAGACGGGUCAACUCUUUGAAGAGAAUUUCUCCAGCAAAUUUUACCAGAGGGACACGUACAAGAGUUCCUAAAGAGGUCAUUCAGCAGAUCAAAUCACUUAACAACCUCGAUGUGGAGCUCUACAAGUAUGCAAAAGAAAUCUUUGCCAAAGAACAUGAAUUAGUGUCGAAUAAGUUGGUAUCAACUUCUAAGAGAAGCAUUGUUGAUCUGCCGAGUGAGUUAAAGAGCGCUUUCGGAGAAAUGGGUGAAGAGAAGCUAUGGAAGUUCGUACCAGUGGCCUUGAUGCUUUUAUUGAUCUUCCUCUUCUUUCUAUUUGUAAACGCUAGAAGAAGAAGAACCUCUAAAGUUAAGAUUUGAUCCUAGUCACUUUAUUUGGGCCAAAUCAGCAAUUUGAAGAAGCUUUUGGGGUCCAAUUUGUAAUAUUCUCUGUAUUUUCUUUUCUACUUUUCGUGGAAAAGAAAAAGUUUUGGGUGUUGCGCUUCCUUACAGGUGAAAAGGGAAAGUCACAAGUAAAAACCUUUC